GUAACGCGGCAUUCCAGCUCUAACUCGCACUGGUGUUGGACGUGGAUCCCUUUGUUUUCUCUUUCCUUGACAAGUUCAUUCACCUGCAUCAUGAAAGCUUUGGCGGCACUCCUGACCCUGGCACUCCUCGGGGCGAGCGUGGCCAUGCCCUUCCAGCCGCAGCCGAGGCAGUUCAUGUACCAAGACGGCUCCCCAUCCGUCAAGCUGUACCCCGUGUACCCCGAGAGAUCGUCCGCCAUGGGGGCAGAAAAAUUGCCCAGACCCGCCCGACUCGACACCAGUUUGGAGGAAUUGUUUGAGCUGGAGUUGGAGGAGGACGACGAGCAGCCGGAAAUGAUGGACGACGUCGAGAUGGAAAUGAUGCACACGAAGCCCCUGCUGAUGGGGGAUGACAGAGAGCCGGAGAUGGAGAUGAAGCCGGAGAUGGAAAUGGCGGUGGCAGGCAUGAUGAUGAAGCCUGAGAUGGAAAUGAAGCCAGAGAUGGGAAUGAAGCCGGAGAUGGAUAUGACGCCAGAGAUGGAAGUGUCGAUGUCAGGAAUGAUGAUGGACCCUGAGAUGGAGAUGAAGCCGGAGAUGGAGAUGAUGAUUCCUGAGAUGGAGAUGAAGCCAGAGAUGGGAAUGAAGCCGGAGAUGGAGAUGGAGCCGGAGAUGGACAUGAUGCCAGAAAUGGGAAUGAAGCCGGAGAUGGAGACGAAGCCGGAGAUGGAAAUGGCGGUGGCAGGCAUGAUGAUGGAGCCGGAGAUGGAGAUGAAGCCCGAAAUGAUGACGAACGACGAAAUGGAAAUGAAUCCAGAAAUGAUGGCGGAAACUGAAGUGAAAUCGGAAGUCAUGGAAGCGAAGCCAGAGAUGGAGAUGACAGAAGUAAUGACCUUGACGCCAGAGAUGGAGAUGAUGAUGGCCGAGAUGGAAGCCAAAUCCGAGACGACGAUGAUGCCGCCAAUGAUGAACGAGAUGAGCGAAAUGGCAAAAGUGGACAUGGAAACAGUCAUGAAAAAGGACAUGAUGCACGACAUGGCCGAAGCCGAAGAACCAGCAGCAGAACCCGAGGCAGAACCGACGUCGGAACCUGCAGCCGAACCCGAGCCCGAGCCAACGUCCGAACCCGAGCCCGAACCAACAGGCCGAACCCGAGCCCGAGCCAACGUCCGAACCCGAGCCCGAGCCAACAGCCGUACCCGAGCCCGAGCCAGCGUCCGAACCCGAGCCCGAACCCGUCCCCGCCGAGGAGAAGAGCGAGAUGAGGAGCGAGGAAGUCGAGACGACCACCGUCUUGGGCGCGGACGGCGACAACGAUGCUAUGCAUGAAAAUAAUGACGUCAUAGUCGAGGCCAGUGACGUCAUGUCCGACCCCACGACGAUGGCGCCCGCGGAAGAGGAUAUGGCGACGGAGAGUUUUCUAGCAACCGAGGAGAAUGAAACUUUUUAGUUGCGGAAAAACUCUUUCAGGGCAAGACGGAAGGGGAAGGUGUUGGGGGGGGGGGGGGGGGGUAGGUGUAUAACUUUCACGCACUACCUAGGCCUGUCGUGUCUCUAAAGGCCCUUUAGUCACAAUGUGGGUGGAUAUUUUCUUUAGGGUCUCAUGUGUUUUAGUGAUAUUAAAACAUGCAGACUGUAAGUUAUCAUGAAAUUUCAUUCGGUGGGUAGUACAAAAUAAGGUGGUCUUGUCUGUGUGGUUAAGGGAUGAUGAGUAUAAAUGUGUUGACUUUUCUCAACCUCUUCUAAGUUACACGAUUCCCUUCAAACUUCAUAUGAUGAAUACCUGAUACCGUGCUGAUUAUUUAUGAAAUUUUAUUUUUUUCUUACUAAAAAGGUUGUCUUUUCACGAUUUAUGGAUAUAUCAAAGGAUUUGUUUAUGUAUAAACUCGGAGAACACAAUGCUUAUUGUAAAACGCGUUUAGUAUGAAAUUUCUGUUGAUUAGUAGGAAAAACAACCGAAGACAAAAGAUAGAGAGAGAGAGAGAGAGAGAGAGAGAGAGAGAGAGAGAGAGAGAGAGAGAGAGAGAGAGAGAGAGAGAGAGAGAGAGAGAGAGAGAGAGAGAGAGAGAAGAAAGAAUGGGAGAUAAUACUCUUGCAUGUCAAGGUUCAUUCCAGAUUGACAUUGGCUUUUGGGUAAGAACUUCCCUCUUCAUUUCUUUUUGUACCAGUAUGCUUUAUACUCAACACACUUCCAUAUUUUUUUUAUAACGCCUCCCAACGCUAUGCCCUCUUAUACAGUAUUUUAAGUAUGUUAUUACCUAAGAUUUUCUAAUAAAAAAGAAAGAAAAUUA